CUCAAAUCCCCCGAGCAAAAAAUUUCUAGAGAGAGAAAGAGAAAGAAGGGGGAGAGAGAGAUAGAAGAGAGGGACGCGCUCAAGAUCUAGGGUUUCGACGUUCGGAAACCCUAAUAAAUCUUUCGUUUCUCUCUUCGAUCAAGAGCCUCUCUCUCCUCAUCCCCAAAUUUCUCGGGUUCGGAUCCGAAACCCUCGUUCAGGUCGAUUCUUCGGAAAAGAAAGGAAAAGGCAACAAUGGUGCUGUGGGUUUUUGGUUAUGGAUCGUUAAUCUGGAAUCCCGGCUUUGAUUUCGAUGAAAAGAUCAUUGGUUUCAUCAAGGACUAUAGACGUGUGUUCGAUGUUGCCUGCAUAGAUCACAGAGGUACAUCCGAGCAUCCAGCUAGAACCUGCACCUUGGAAGCCAAAGAGGGAACAAUUUGUUGGGGUGUUGCAUUCUGUGUCAAAGGAGGCAUCGAAAAAGAAAGAGCAGCAAUGCAGUAUUUGGAGAGACGGGAAUGUGAAUAUGACAGAAAGGGAUCUGUAGACUUCUACAAGGAGGGAGAUGAUCUCUCGCCAGCUGUGACAGGAGUUCUAGUGUUCACUUCUACUCCUGACAAGGAAAAUAACAAAUACUAUCUAGGCCCAGCCCCAUUAGAGGAGAUGGCCAGGCAAAUUGCUACUGCUCAUGGACCUUGUGGGAAUAACAGGGACUACCUAUUUCUGUUGGAAAAAGCAAUGUUUGAUAUAGGUCAUGAAGAUGAUCAUGUAAUUGAGCUGGCCAAUGAGGUGAGAAAGGAGCUUAGGAGGCUGAAGGAGAAGAAAAUGAAUGGAGCAAACAUUGCUCUCAAAUCGCAUCUCCCCAUGGUGCACCUUACCCAUCUCCCAGAAACAACCGUUGUGGACUCGAGAUGAUCACUAUCAACAUCUGUCACGGACACAGAAAAAAUCUAGCGCAAAGCGUUAACUAUUGAGGAUGAAGAUGGAUGAGGGAUACAUUGGAAAAGAUAUCAAAUUUCUUAGCUAUGAGGCCACUAACCUGUUUGGGUAUCUGAUCAUUUCUGUUGACCAUUUCUGUUGACGUAUUCUGUCGGUUUCGGUUUCGUCUGUGUCAUUCCAUAUUUCACUGAGAUUGAUGUUGUCACUGUUAUCAAAUACGCUGGGAAGCUGUAUGAGUAGAGAAAAUAGUCGUUGGCGGGUUUAAUUUGAGGUGAUAUUGUCAGAAUAGGAAAAUUUACUGACUUGAGAGUUUAUAGCUUGUGUUUCA